ACUCGUAACCUGGCCUUCGAAAUCCGAUAUAUCACCAACCCCACAAUCAGCAGUCACUAGUCAAAGUUGACUGGUGGAUAGAUUUUAGAUCGGGCCAAAAAGCACGUUUCCUAAUUAAAUCGGCUAAGCUUCUGAAAGAAGCCAACUUUCGUUGGAUUAUUAUGGGAUUAUGGCCAGGUUCACACGUUUUUAUGGAGGUUGGCCCAUUGGAAGAAGAUGAGCCAUACACUUCUUUGUAAUUUGUCGCAGGCCAGCCAGCCAUUCAAGCCUUCAAGUCCUAUCUGAUGUGGCUAUGAGCAGAUAUAAAGUCUCUGUUGGCAGGUAUGCGCACUUCAGAGACACGAUCAAACAAUGUCGACCAACACACUCCCACCUGCUUCUUGCUUUCAUGAUACACUCAAAGCUCUUGGAACAUCUAUCAGGUAUGAAUACUUGCACUCUGGUAAUGACUUGGUUCUACAUCUCUUUCAGGUUGCAUGCCGAAAGACAGGGAAGCGCUUGCCCUUGCUAUCCUAUAGUUCAAUUCGUUCUGGACCCAUUACCUUUCCUUCAUCACUGGUUGUCUCUUCCUGAAACUCAAUGUCAUGGAUCUCUCUCAGCCAUUGCCGGUGAAUUGGCACCGUACGGCGAUUCUACGUUCAAUAUAACAACGGACACUGUGGAGGCGUCCUAUGCAUUGGACGUAGGGUCGCCCAGCCUUAGCAGUCCAUCUCCCAUGGAGCCCGAUUUCAUUCACCAGUCCCUUCUAGACACCACUCUUGAUACAAACACCGGAAUGGAUGCACUAUAUCUUAGCGGGCUUGACCAUUUGGAAGGUCAUAACUUCAACCUGGAACCUUUCCCCGAGUUUUCCAAUAGCUUCCUUCCAGAGCUUUCCAUGACCCCCUCUAUGGAUCACGCUUCAUCCCAGAUGUGGAGUCCUCAUACUCUCCCGCAGUCACCUGACACAUCAUCUUCUAACGGGAGUUUAUAUUACGAUUAUACAUGGACGAACGAGCCCGCCCACGAUUGUUUUAUCGAUCCAUUAUCCUACGACAUACAACCGCACGUGCAGAACUCCAGCGAUGUCUAUCUAUCUAGUGUCUGUAGCGGAACUGAUCUUGAUUCGCUUACAUCGCUGUGGUUGGAUGAGGGAAGGAGUGAAUGUGCGAUAUCGAUGGACGAUAUGGGUAGCACUCCAAGCUUAUGCCGCUGGGGUGAUGGGUCCUGCACCUCACUUCUGACUUCCGACAAGUCCGAAGUGGGGAAGCAUCUCCAAGUCCUCCACUGGUGUCAAAUCUGGCGGCGACAAAGAGAGGAUGUUGUGCAGCUGGGACGGCUGCGGGAAAGAGAUGAAGAAGGAGAGCAUAUCACGGCACGUUGCCGCAAUUCAUUUGAGCAACAAAACGGAAUGCGGGAGUUGUGGAAAGCAGUUUGCUCGGUUGGAUUCUAAACUGCGCCACCUGAAGAAUUCAAGGCGAGAGGAGUGCAGAGAAUCCGAGCCCCAUGAUAGUCGUACCAAACGCCGUCGCCUGUCGUGGCCAUGAUUUUUCUGUUGGACAUUCUUGCAAUUUAUCGAGUCCGGACAGUACGCUGGCCGUGUGCAUAUAUAGUAUAUACCGGUUUUUGUUCACUUCAUAAUUUUAUGGACGCGCGUACUGGUACUACCGAACCUCUACCUUUAUCUACCUUUGUCCCUCUAGUGCACUGCCAUGUCGAAGCGUGAAAUGACUUUGUAGCCGUCAAAUACAGGCCCUUGUCAACUCAUGUAACAGAAGAUAACAGUGGGCAUCCUGCCAGGUGGUUGAAUGGUGUACCCAUUUUAAUAGAUUAUAAUGGUUCAAAAUACCCCCAAAAAGAUUUGACAGGGACUGUAAUCAUUUAAGUACCUUAAUGUGCAGACGAUCAAAUAACUUAAUAGU